UGUCCCUGGGCUGUGGCUGAUCUGUCCUUACCCGCGCUGGGCGGAAGCGGCUUCCCAGGCCUUUCAACACCAAAAGGAGAAGGACGGUGUGGAGAAUAGGACCAAAUUCCACCUUUUGUGCGAACCGCUACCCGCUCCUGCCCGCCCCUCAGCAGGGUUCACGGCUGAGCGCUUUUCGGGACCUUGGCAUCACCGGUCUCCACAGCACCCGGAGGCGGCGCCCAGAGCUUUGUGCUCAUUUUACGUGGCAGAGACUGAGGUCCUAGGCUACCUCGGUCUGAAGUGAGGGAUCACCUGAGGCCGCCGGACCAGCUUUUGUAGCCUCCACUCGCGGCCUCGCUCUGCCCACUGGGUCCCAUGGCUGCGCCAGCGUUGGCAUUGGUAUCAUUUGAAGAUGUGGUCGUGACCUUCACUGGAGAGGAAUGGAGGCAUCUAAACCUGACCCAAAGGACCCUCUACCAGGAGGUGAUGCUAGAGAUCUGUGGGCUCCUGGUCUCACUGGGGCAUCCUGUUCCGAAACCAGAGUCGAUAUUGGAUCAUGAGCAGGGACUAUGGACAGAGAAGAGACACCUCUCCCAAAGCACCUGUGCAGGUGAAAAAGCAAAACCCAACAUCACAGCACCUACUGCUUCUCAACUGACCUUCUGUGAGAAAUCUUCUUUUCAAGAACAACUGGCACAGAGGUCCUCAAAGGAUUCCAGAUUGGGGCAAACCAGAGACGAGGAAAAGCUAUCAGAAAUGCAGGAAAGGAACUGGAGACCAGGAACAGACCCCUACAAGGAGACAUGCCCUGGAAAGUGGUGCCAUAAAAAUGAUGAUUUCGAGACAGAUGAUAAUCUGUGUUUAAGAGUUUUACAGGAGCGAGUCACUCCACAAGAUGCUGUCCAUGAACAUGACUCCCAAGGACCAGGAAAAGACACUGGGAUUAAUUCAAGGAGCAGCCUCUAUAAAUGCAAAGAAUGUGGAAAAGGGUUUUGCAAAAAUUGGGCCCUUGUUCGACAUCAACAGAUUCAUACUGGAGUAAAGCCUUAUGAAUGCAGUGAAUGUGGGAAAGCCUGUCGUUAUAUGUCCGACUUCAUUCGACAUAUGCGGUUUCAUACUGGGGAAAAACCAUACAAGUGUAAGGAGUGUGGGAAGGCCUUCAAACGCAGGUCUCACCUCACGGAGCACCAGCGUAUUCACACUGGAGAUAAGCCCUAUGAAUGCAAAGAAUGUGGUAAAGCUUUCACCCACCGCUCUUCUUUUAUGCAGCACAAUAUGACGCAUACUAGAGAAAAGCCCUUUUUGUGCAAAGAAUGUGGAAAAGCUUUUUACUACAGCUCUUCAUUCGCCCACCACAUGAAGAUUCACACUGGAAAGAAGCUGCAUGAGUGUCGUGAAUGUGGAAAGGCCUUUACUCACCGCUCCACUUUUAUCCAGCAUAAUAUGACCCACACAGGAGAAAAACCCUUUGUGUGCAAAGAAUGUGGAAAAGCUUUUUGUCUCAACUCAUCCUUCACGCAACACAUGAGAAUUCACACUGGUGAGAAGCCCUAUGAGUGCAAUGAAUGCAGAAAGGCCUUUACUCAUCGGUCCACUUUUAUCAGACAUAAGAAGAUCCAUACUGGGGAGAAGCCCUUUGAGUGCAAAGAAUGUGGGAAGGCCUUUUGUGAUAGCUCUUCCUUGAUUCAGCACAUGAGGAUUCACACUGGUGAGAAGCCCUAUCAGUGCAGUGAAUGUGGAAAGGCCUUUACACACCACUCUGUUUUUAUCCGACAUAAUAGGACCCACAGUGGAAUAAAACCACUGGAGUGUAAACAAUGUGCAAAAGGCUUUUAUUAUAGCUCAUCCUUCAUUCGACACAUGAGGAUUCACACUGGAGAAAAGCCCUAUGUUUGCAGAGAAUGUGGAAAGGCCUUUACCCAACCUGCAAAUUUUGUUCGGCAUAGUAGGAUCCACACUGGAGAAAAACCCUUUGAGUGCAAAGAAUGUGAGAAGGCUUUUUGUGACAACUUUUCCUUAACUCAGCACAUGAGAACUCACACUGGAGAGAAACCCUUCGAAUGCAGUGAGUGUGGAAAGACCUUCAGCCACAGUUCAUCCUUCACUCACCAUCGAAAGACUCAUACCAGAGUUUAAUCCAUUUUGUCUCAUCAACCCAGAGGUGGAACACCUAUAAUGAUAACUCAAACUGAGCAACAGAUAUACCCCUGGGGUCCCUCUGAAAUAAGUGUUUUUAGAGUUUUAUUCUUUUGAUGAGAGAAAAAAAAAGGCCUCAUCCUCAGGAGAGAUGGACCAUUAAGGGUAGCCUUGCCAACACUUAUUAAAAGCAUUCUUUGUACCAAAAUAUUGUCAUUUCUACUCUCAAGUAGCAUAAGAUUUUGUGAGGAAAAAAAGCAUGAGACAUGAAAUACCCACAUGCACACUUCUCUGUAUUUACAGUGAAUUCUUGUUAUUCAUAGUAGUUGUGUCCUAUGAAUUUGCAACACUGAAUUGGUAAAUAUGGAACCAUUGUUGAUAGGGGAAAUAAUACAGUUAGAGUCCCAUAAGCCUCUGGUCCAAACGUUUUCAUUAACCAAUAAAUUCAUGAUAUUUUUCAUUUUUAA